GCAAAGUAGGGGGCGGGGCAUCCGGGCGGCAGGAAGCGUCGUUUCCGCUGCUGUCUGUGUCGAGCGGAGUCGGGAGCGGGGCCGCCGCGCGAACUCCAGAAACCAUGCAGCUCUCCUGGCUUUUGGCCGCCGGCCUGUUUGCUGCCGCGGCGUCUGUGCCCAUCGACCGGCCCAAGGCGGAGAAGAAGGCGGAAGAGACGCCCCCGGAACCGCCGGACACGGGGCUGUAUUACCAUCGCUACCUGCAGGAGGUGAUCAACGUGCUGGAGACAGACGGCCACUUCCGGGAGAAGCUGCAGGCGGCCAACGCCGAAGACAUCAAGAGCGGGAAGCUGAGCAAGGAGCUGGACUUCGUGAGCCAUCACGUCCGCACCAAGCUGGACGAGCUGAAGCGCCAGGAGGUCUCCCGGCUCCGCAUGCUGCUCAAGGCCAAGAUGGACGCAACCAUGGAGCAGAAUGUGCAGAUCGAUCACCUGGGGCUGCUGAAGCAGUUUGAGCACCUGGACCCCCAGAACCAGCACACCUUCGAGGCCCGUGACCUGGAGCUGCUCAUCCAGGCAGCCACCAAGGACCUGGAGAACUACGACGCGGCCCAUCACGAGGAGUUCAAACGAUACGAGAUGCUGAAGGAACACGAACGGCGCGAAUACCUCAAGUCCCUGGACGAGGAGAAGCGGCGGGCGGAGGAGGCCCGGUUCCAGGAGCUGCGCCAGAAGCACAAGGAGCACCCCAAAAUCAACGUCCCGGGCAGCCGAGAUCAGCUCAAGGAAGUCUGGGAGGAGACAGACGGGCUGGACCCCAGCGAGUUCAAUCCCAAAACCUUCUUCAAACUGCACGACACAAACAGCGACGGGGUUCUCGACGAACAAGAAUUGGAAGCACUUUUCACCAAGGAGCUGGAGAAGGUCUACGACCCCCGGAACGAGGAGGACGACAUGCUGGAGAUGGAGGAGGAGCGUCUGCGUAUGCGGGAGCACGUCAUGAAGAACGUGGACUUGAACCAGGACCGACUGGUGACGCUGGAGGAAUUCCUGAAAUCCACCGAGAAGAAGGAGUUUAAUGAGGCCGGAGGCUGGGAGACGGUGGACGAGACCCAGGUGUACUCGGAGGCGGAGCUGCAGCGGUUCGAGGCGGAGCUAGCGGCCCAGGAGGCGGAGCUUGGCCGGCGGGCGGAGCAGCUGCGGCGCCAGCACCAGGAUCUGCAGGAGCAGCAGGUCCGGCUGGACGCCCAGAAGAAGGAGUAUCAGCAGGCCGUGCUGCACAUGGAGCAGAGGAAAACCCAGCAGGGGGAGGCACCGGCGGAGGAGCUGAAAUUCCAGGACCUGGCCCUGGACGCCGCCCUGGCAGAUCCGGCCGCGCCGGCAACCCCAGCCCAUGCCCCUGAACAGAACCACGUGGAACCUCCCCAGAACCAGCAGCAGCAGUCGCCGCCACAGCCCGAAGUCCAGAUCCAGUGAAACCCUGUGUGAGCUGGAGAUGGGCAGAGCCUCUUGUCAGCCCCGCCCCUCCCUCUCCUGGGCCCUGCCCCUCUUCCUUCCCCACUGGCCCAGGGCUGGGGUCCUAGUAUAGCAUCCAGGCCAGGGGCUGUGCUGUCCGCAGUCCCCUUUUUGGCCACUGGGGGGUGACAUUGAGUCUUGACUGUUUUUGGAUCAGAGGCGUCGGUUGGAGCUGGGGGCUUCCUGCCCCAUAGUGCUGCAUUGUUUCCCAGCUUCCCCCACUUUCCCGGGGUGGGGGGUGAGGGGCUGCUGUAGUGCAUGCUGGGUAGGCCUAGCUCAGUUUUUCCCUUCCCCACCUGCACACGAGCAGGUAUUCUGGGGGUCGGGGCAGGCUUGCAGUGCACCUUGCCAUUGGGCGGUGCAUUAUGGGUAACCCAUCCCCCCAUCAUGGCAAUAGAUUGUGCUAUUAGCACUGUCUCCCCCUGCCCUCCUCCCCCCCCACACCAAAAAGCCUCCUGCUCCCCCAAAUUCUCUCAGCUCCCACGUCUUUCCGUAUUGCUCAUGGGGGGCCCCACUGCCCCCUCCCCCCCCCCCCCUCGCUGCUCUCCCUCCCCACCCCAUGCUGGUCGAGGCGAUGAAAUAGACAAACUCGCCGCCCCCCAUCAUCCUGAGCCCCUGGGUUUAUAACACAGGGGGACAGACCCCCCCUUAAAAUCCUUCAUCCCCUGGCUGCCUUCCCGAGCCGUGAGUGGGGUUCACGUGACGACUCCCCCGCUCCAAAUUCUAGCUGCAGUCUUAAGGCCAAUAGAACUGGGUUCAUUAAAGGGGGGGGGGCGGAGCUUCCCCUGAGCUGGGCCCCACCCCACCAGACCCGGGGCAGGGUGGGAGCAGACCCAGGUUAGAAAUUAUGGGACUUGGCCCCAGACUGUUUGAAUCAUGGGCAUUUUUUGGGAGACUGCGGGGGAUGGGCCGGGACCGAGACCUGGCAGGAGUUUGGGGGUGAGCUGGUGGGGGCUCCCCUUUUUUGGGGGGAUAGACCCCAUGACACCCCUAGCAGCGCUCCCCAGCUGCUGUGGAACGAAACUGACCAGGGCCCUGCUGUCUCCCCAACUCUCCCCCCAAACUUGUACUAGCUUUAGGGGUGCUCUGCUGGCCCCCAAAUCCGCAGUCUCUGCCCCACAGCACGGGGAGCAGUCGCGUGUGUCUUUCUGCCUCGCUGUUUUCCCCACAUAAAGGGAUAAUUUAAGACACAAGCUGGUCUCAUUUUUGGGCUCAUGUGUGGCGUGGGGGGGCUGAUUUUAGCUGGUGCCGGGUCCGACUGAGACCCUCUGCCCUGGGC